AUGAACACCGAGUCCCUGCUACCGUACCACACAGCCCACAGUGUCUCCGGAGUGGGCAUGUUCAACACCGCCGUGGGGAAACUACAGCGGCAACUGCACAAGGGAGAAUACGACAUAUUCAAGUACGCACCGAUUUUUGAAAGCGACUUUAUCCAGAUUACCAAAAGGGGAGAAGUCAUCGAUGUGCACAACCGAGUCAGAAUGGUGACGGUGGGCAUUGCAUCCACCAGCCCCAUCCUGCCGCUCCCAGAUGUCAUGCUGCUGGCCCGACCAGCGAUCGGCUGCGAAGAGCAUGCCGGGCGUGGCCAGGCCACCAAGGGAAAAGGCUGCAAGGCUUCAAAGGCCUUAGAGCUCACCAGGCUCCUUCCCUUGAAGUUUGUGAGGAUCUCCAUCCACAACCGGGAGAAGCAACAGCUGCGCCUCAAGUUCGCUACGGGCCGCUCGUGCUACCUGCAGCUGAGUCCCCCUCUGGACGCGCGGGAAGACCUCUUUGGCUACUGGGAAAAGCUCAUUUACCUCCUGCGCCCGCCGGUGGACAGUCACAGCAGUACCUCUGCCAUUCCAGCGGACGACAUGCUGUGCAUGCCUGUGUUUGAGGAGGAGGACAGGAGGAGCCCAGCAGGGGCAGAUUUCCAAGGAAAAGGGGAUCAGGACCAGGUCAGCAUCCGGAGCCUCCACGUGGUCUCUGAAGUGGCCGGGGCCACCUCUGCAGCUUUUGCUGGCGGGGAAGGGACCUAUCAGGACUCCCACAAACCCAACGCCAUGCGCGACAUAGCCGCCCUAAACACCAAAGCUACAGGGCUGGACAAGGAGUCGGCAGCAGGGGCAACGACAGAGGCAGCGGCGGAGGCGGCAGGGUUCGCAGCGGGGGUCGCAGCAGGCACCACAGCAGGCGCUUUGAGCGUGGCGAUCGCCAGGUCUGGGGCCCCCGAACAGCUAAGCACGGCCAUAGCCGGGGCAGCCACCAAGCGUCCAAGAAGAAGCAGAGCCCACCUUGUCAUCGCGGGCGCUGCCAACAUGUCCCCGAAGAGCCUGAACGUGGCCUUGGCAGGUACCGCAAAGACCCCAGGGUUUACUUCCGACUCGUCCAACAGUUUCCCAGGGGCCAGCAUGUCCCUGGCGUUCGCCGGGACAAGAGCCGCCGGCAAGACGGCGGGAGAAGGCGCUUUGGACGUGGCCGAGGGAGCGCUGCUCUCGGACGCGCCGAGCGCGGGCGGCUCGGGGGAGCAGGCGGGAAGGCAGCCCCGCGAGGGCCGGAGGGAGCAGAGGGAGCGACGGGAAAAGGAGCGAGCCCUCCAGAGCUCCCGUCGCCGCAGGGCCGCCGAGAGCCGCCACAAGGCCCCGGGGGACAAGCUCACGCGGAAAGCCUCCAGCAGGUCCUUAGCCGGCCACCGGGCCGCGCGGGAGGACAAGAAGGAGACGGGCCGCGGCAGCCCCGGGGACGACCGGCGCCCCCCUCACAAAGGCAACAGCCACGCCCCCAUCGCCAAGGAGUCCAGGACCGCCCACAAAUCUGGGCGGAGCUUACCCGCCACCAGCUGGGCCUCCGCCGCCCAGAGGCUCGGCAGGAUCAGCUCGUUCCUGAGGAACGUCAAAGCCAACAUUACUACGAGAACCGUGGCCUCCCCACGCGGCAGAGACGUGGACAUGUUGGCGAAGACCGUGGACAGGAGCAGUAUGGAGGCCGCAGAGACUGGCCAGUGCUUGGAGAGCGCGGGGAGCGGGACAUCUGACAUCAUGGAGACCUUCGAAGUGCAUUAGUAAGACCCAGAGCUUUCGGCAGCUGCGAAGGGGACCGGGGCUCAGGGACGUAUCCCCGGAGACCCCAUUCCAGCUUUCCUCACUGUAGUUGAAAUAAAAAACCCCAUAAAAUCUGAGAAUGGCAUGCUGCAUUCUGUCUGAAUUUCUA